AUGUUAUAUCUUGUUUUAUUAUUUAUUUUUGGUAUCAUAUCGUAUGUAGCUUACAAGAAACACAGUAGACCAGUGAAAGUCUCUUCUGAUGUCCCUCAGUAUGAUCAUGCCAUUGUUAUGGGAGGUAGUAUAGGAGGUAUAGUAACGGCGGCUUAUCUACCAAAAUAUUUCAAACGAAUAACAAUUAUUGAAUCUGAUGAUGUCAUCAGUGAUACGCUCUUGAAAUCGGCUUCUCAAGAGGUAUUGGAUUAUCGUUGUCGUCUUGAAAGUUCAACAUUGUUAGAACGUUCAGGCGUAAGUCAAAUCUAUCAAUUACGUGUGCUUGAAGGUGAAGGAUACAACGUAUUAAUCGAAUUAUUUCCUCAUCUUAAAGAUAAACUCCUUAAUACAUAUGGUGUUCGCACUUAUUCAUUCAAAACAGAAUGGAGAUUCGAGGCCAAUUGUUAA